GACAAGGAGGCCGCACUGAAGAGGGGCCAGUUCUUCCUCAGCAGUAGACUGGGGGGGCUGAUGUAGGUGAGGCUCAACCAUCCAACACCACCUUUAGCAAGGCGUGCUUGUGGCAGACCACUAACAGACAGAAUGGCGGGAGUGAACGGUGACCGUAAAGGAAAGAAGGAUGACAACGGCAUGGGCACGGCUGUUGACUUUUUGCUCUCUAAUGCCAAGCUUGUGCUUGGGGUCGGAGGAGCUGCCAUGCUUGGCAUUGCAACACUAGCAGUCAAAAGAAUGUAUGACCGUGCCAUAAGUGCUCCGACCAGCCCUACUAAGAUGGAACCAUCAGGGAAAAGGAGUUGGGAAGAACCAAGUUGGAUGGGCUCGUCACCACGGGUACUUAACCACGACAUGAGGUCAACAGUGAGCAGGUCACUGCAGACUCUACCCACCUCCUCCAACUCCUUUGAACCAGACUGCAUGCGGAGGGCGGCGGGGCGGGGACGUAGCGCUGCAGGGGAGACUGACCUCUUCCGGGCCAGGAUGCGCCUCUCCUUACAGGAGAAACUGUGGGAGUUCUACCAGGAGCGUGUGGCCAUCCCCGCUGAGGAGCAGGCCACAGCCCGCCGGGCUGCCCUGGACAUCUGCGCAGAGCUGAGGAUCUUCCUGCACGCCAAGCUGCCCGACAUGCCUCUCCGAGAGAUGUACCUCAGCGGCAGCCUCUACGACGACCUGCAGGUGGUGACAGCGGAUCACGCUCAGCUAAUGGUCCCUCUGACCUUGGAGAAGAACCUGUGGUCGUCAGUCCCCGGGGAGGACACCAUCAUGAACGUUCCGGGCUUCUGGCUGAUUCGCAGGGAGAACCUGGAAUACUUCCCCCGGGGCAGCAGCUACUGGGACCGCUGCAUGGUAGGUGGCUACCUCUCCCCCAAGUCUGUCCUGGAGGUGUUCGAGAAGCUGGUGGCGGGCUCCAUCAACUGGCCGGCCAUCGGCAGCGUUCUGGACUACGUGAUCCGGCCGGUGGUUCCCUCGGAGACGCUCACCCUGGAGGUCCAGUACGAGACAGACCGCCUUCUUUUCGUGGACUUCCUGCCUCUGCUGGUGAUGGACGACGGCGCCUCGCUCAUCGCCAAGCCACACAGGCUGGCUGCGGAGCGCCAUGAAAACCUGUGGCGGCAGAGCUUCCGUGUGGCGGAGACUGCGCGCCUGCGGGCUCUGGACCAAGAGGACGGGGGCUGCCGCUGUGCCUGCCUCAAGGUGACUAAAGCCGUGUGCAAGCUAAACCCGGCCCUAGCGCGCCUGUCGGCCAGUCAGCUGACCAACACCAUACUGCUAUUGAGCGAGAAGGAGGGCGACUGGACCCAGGAGGCGCUGGCUGACCGCUUCCUGCAGUUGCUCCGCUCUCUAGUGGGACACCUAGAGGCUGGGAGGCUCCCCUGCGCCCUGGUCCCCAAAGUCAACCUGUUCUGUGAGCUGACGCCAGUGGAGGUGGAUGAGCUAGGAUACACCCUUUACUGUUCCCUCUCUGACCCAGAGGCACUCCUAAGGACUCCUCAGUCUGACUAAGUCUGGUCACAGGUUCGAGGGUUUAGGACAGAUGGUAUAUAAUUCUAAGAUUCCAUACUGCAGAAGAGGAUAGGAUAUGUAAUUCAUAUGUGCUUCAGAUAUGGACCAUGUCCCCUGUGACCAUGUCGCUGUGUGAUUGAUUCAACAUCACGUUUCUGGAGUCCCGGUUUCAUCGAUCAAUAUGUUUCUCUUUAUGUUUUAUUUGUGUAAUUGUGUUUGAUAAAGUAUAAAUGCAAAAUCAACCACUUUAGUAUGGGGGUUUAACAAUGAAUACAGGAUCAUCCAAAUACCAGUUAAACCUCAGAUGAUGAAACCAGUCUCUUUAUAUGGUCACUAUGCUGCACGUAAGCCGUUUAUAAGUAGUACUGUUCAGAGGGGUAUACUUUAAAGCAUGAGCAAGGAGUUGGCCAACUAACUUCCCUAGAUAUCCAGAAAUAACUUCAAAUGGGCUUGGUCUAAUUGACUUAACCAAAAACACAAGUUCAGCGUAAUGAAGCCCCCAAAAAUAAGUUAUUUCUGUUUGUUUCUCAAAGUUGAACCUGUUUUGUAGUAUACCCCUUGGUUUAGGACUCUGUAUGUUGAAUUGGGGAUUGCUUCAUUGGCUAAUAUUAUGUUACCAUAAUAUUAUGUAGCCAGUUUGGAUUGAAUCGUGUUCAGGGGGGAAAAAUAUAUAUAUAUUCAUUAUAAUUUGUGGGAAUGGAAAUUGGGGUUUAUUUGAAAGCUAUUUUGGUGACUCCAUCCUCAUAUUGCAGGUCUUUCAAACACAUAGUAUGAUGGGUAACAUUAGUUUAAUGCUAGUUAAUAUUAUGUCUGAACAGGGGCAUGAAAGAGCUCUCUCAGAACAAGCCUCCAUAAUCGGCUCAAUCAUUAUUGUUCUCGACAUUUCUAGCUUACUAUUAAGCUGAGACUUGGAGGCAGGGUGCUUCUUACACUCUGCCAUGAGAUGCCAGUUCAGAUGGAUGGAUAGUUUGGUGACACCGUCAAAACUGUCGCCCCUAACAAGGUAAAUGGUCUUAAGCACUGUUGUGGUCCACUAGGAAAUAAGACCAGUGAGUGGAACAUGACAGGGGGUUGUUCUUCUACUGCAGGGUACUUAUAGUACUGUAGCCUGGUAUUGUACAGUUUGUGCUAUAGCCAACUCUUCUCGUUGUCAUGUUUGGCAUGGCAAGGUUAGAAGAGUUGCUUACAGUGCAUACAGUAUGGGACCAGGCUACACUUAGCCUACUCUACCGCUCUAACUGUGUAAAUGGAUAGAAUGUAAUGUUUACCAUGUGAGCCGCCGCGAAAGCAAAUAAAUUAUUGUGGGACGACUGAAA